AUGAGAAGACGAUAUAGUCACAAUAAACCAAUAGAGCCAAUUCAAAUUCAAAAUCGGUUUUCUUAUAGCAAACCUAAUGAGACAACAGAUUCUGAUGAGAGAGUUGCAAUUCGUUCGCCUGUACGUUCACCUGAUAAUGAUAACGAUGACAUGGACUUUCA